GCUACGGUAUCGCACGCGCGUCCUAACUACCUGAGCGACGACGGCGAGAAAGGGACGCGAACUCUUAACUCUUUCCUCAGCGUCUGUAACUUCCUGAUAAUAAUGGGUCCGUUGUACCUGAGAGUGUGCGCUCGUGUAUGUAUGUGCGCGUGUUUUUGAUCGUUUACUGCUAGUGAGAAAGAGCAAAAGAGAUAUAGUUGUCGCGGUGGUGGGUGGGAGGGAAUAACCGUGUGUUGUUGUUAUUUGGUUUUUGAAUUUUUAAGCGAUCGAAGGAGUAAUGAGGAGUGAGACGCUGCUCUGAUAAUAAUAAUGUUCGUCCAUGCAUUGGUGUUAAGUACCCACUGUGUCCCACAGCUUAAAUCCUGAGAAAAAUAAACGUAAGGGCGCGAGCUCGCUUUGUCUCUGCCGUUGAAAAGGGGUGGAAGGUUUGUUGCUACGGCGUAUUACUGCUGCUGAUAUUCAUUAUCGUGUGCGUGCCUACGCGUGCGUACGUGUACCCACACAUACGUGACGCGCGUGCUGUUUACGUGCGUGUGUGUAUUUGGAUUGUGUUGGCAGUGGUGUUGCUGCCACUGCUGCUGCUGCUGCCCGCUCCUGCCUCGUCGCUGAGGAGGGAAAGACAAAACGAUGUUCGCCGAUACGUGUGGUUUCGUCCUCUUUCUUCUGCUUCUCGUACCCUACAUUGAGAGCGCGCGACGACUGAACGAGUAUAUCCGGCAUUAUGAGCCAUUGUCGUACGACACCCAGGAGAUCCAUCGCAGUCACCUGAGAACGAAGAGAUCACUUGCUCAUGACAAUGCGGUCACACUUAAAUUUCGCGCUCAUAACAGAGACUUUCGCGUUAGACUCAAACGCGACGUCACUACUUUCAGCACCGAUCUCGUCAUCGUCGGACCCAGCAACAAAAAAGAAGACCUCGACACCUCGCACAUAUAUCAAGGACACCUCAUAGGAGAGCCAGGUAGCCAUGUGUUCGGUAGUAUAAGCGAUGGCAUUUUCCAUGGAAAGAUAAUAUCGCCGCGCGACGGUGCCUGGUACAUUGAAAAGUCGCAUUACUAUUUUCCUCGGCAUAAACUCAACGAAACUCUCCACUCCGUCAUUUAUCACGAGAAUGACGUCGAAGAUCCAUACCAGCGUCUACGACCAGGUGAAUCGAGUGGUUGUGGCAUUACCGAGGAAGUAGUUGAAUGGAUGGAACGCAUUCAAAAUUCCGGAGAGCUCGAAACACCGAUACCACCAGUGGCGCCAAAAAAUCUGAAAAACUGGAGUCCUGAAACAGAAACACCUGGUCACAAAUAUAGCAAAGAGGCGAAUAUACCCUCGGACCAUUGGAUCAGAACCCGACGCGCAACCAGACCUAAGGAAGACAGUAAAAAGAAGAACACUUGCUUUCUCUUUAUCCAAACGGAUCCUCUCAUUUGGAGACAUAUUUUUGAGCAGCUGAAUCAUGAUGAAGACAAAACACGAGAAGAAAUACUGUCGCUGAUCGCCCAUCACGUUACUGCCGUUAAUUACAUCUACAGGGACACAAAAUUCGAUGGCAAGAUCGAGCAUAGGGACAUUAAAUUCGAAGUUCAAAGGAUAAAGAUCGAUGAUGACAGCGCAUGCGGACAACCCCACAGUUACCAGGAUCAAAAUCCGUUUUGCAGGGAAGACAUCGACGUCAGUAACUUUUUAAAUCUCCACUCGUUGGGCAAUCACGAAGACUUUUGCUUAGCUUAUGUAUUUACCUAUAGAGACUUCACUGGAGGUACGUUGGGCUUAGCAUGGGUGGCUUCAGCUUCCGGCGCCUCUGGCGGCAUUUGUGAGAGAUACAAGACUUAUACGGAAACAGUGGCCGGUAUGUACCAGUCAACAAAACGCUCCCUCAACACUGGUAUCAUUACAUUCGUCAACUACAACAGCCGAGUGCCCCCCAAAGUCUCACAGCUCACUCUUGCUCAUGAGAUAGGCCACAACUUCGGUUCACCGCACGAUUUUCCGACGGACUGUAAGCCCGGCGGCAUCAAAGGAAACUACAUAAUGUUCGCCUCGGCGACGUCUGGCGACCGACCGAACAAUAGCAAAUUCUCUAAGUGCAGCAUCGGUAAUAUCAGCAAUGUUCUUGAUGCAAUUGUCGACAAUAAGAAGCGCAAUUGCUUCAACGCUUCGCUCGGAGCCUUUUGCGGCAACAAGAUUGUCGAAGCUGGGGAGGAGUGCGACUGUGGGUACGAUGACGACGAGUGUGUCGACAAGUGCUGCUACCCGCGGCAGCUGUCGCCCCUCGAGAGGAUCAACAAUGAUACAGCCAAGGGUUGCAGGAGAAAGCACGGCGCUCAGUGCAGUCCGAGUCAAGGGCCUUGCUGCUCAAGUGAACACUGCACAUUUGUGUCAUUAUCGCAAAACGUUCAGUGCAAAGCAGAGUCAGACUGUAGCUACAGUUCUAUUUGUAACGGACGAAGCUCUGAGUGUCCGCCUCCAGUGCCCAAAGCUAACAAAACUAGAUGCAACGAGGGAACUCAGUUAUGCAUUAAUGGCGAGUGUACUGGAUCGAUUUGUUUGGAAUGGAACUUGACCGAGUGUUUCUUAACAAGUAGCAUAAUACCAAACAUCGACAAGCGCAAGCUAUGUGAGUUAGCUUGCCAAAAUGGUACAGAUGCUUCGACAUGUCGCAGUACCAGUGAAUUUGCCCACCUCGUCAACUUGGCCAAAGGCGGGAUUAGCCUACGGCCAGGUUCACCAUGCGAUAAUUUUCAAGGGUAUUGUGAUGUAUUCCUCAAGUGUCGAGCUGUCGAUGCUGAGGGUCCACUAGCCAGGCUUAAAAACAUGCUCUUCAAUGAGGAUACCCUCGUCACCGUCGCCCAGUGGAUCACGGAGUAUUGGUGGGCUGUAUUACUAAUGGGUAUAGCCUUCAUUAUCUUCAUGGGUUUAUUUAUCAAAUGUUGCGCCGUUCAUACUCCAUCGAGUAAUCCUAAAAAGCCACCAGCCAGACACAUUAGUGAUACUUUAAGAAGGCCAAUGAAUACACUACGAAGAAUGCGACAUCCACAUAGCGGUGGUGGUGGGGGUGCUAGGAGUGUGCCGCCUAGGCAAGCUGGAGGUCAUGGUGGACACGGGACCCGAGGUCAAUCUCAUGGCUACACUGAAACACGAGGAGCUCAAUAUUAUCCCAAAGGAUAUCGCUCGGUUCCCACAGCUAGUGCGCCAGUCGGGCCCAACACAUCAGCUUGCUCAUCAUCAUCAUCAUCAGGAGGUCCAGGAGGCUACCCUCGUGGCAGCACCCCUCAUAACCAUCACCCCGAGUUGUACGCUGGUGCCUACUCGAACACCGGCGGAGGUGGCCGAAGCUCAGCCUAUGAGAUGAGGCAUCACAAGGUCUGACAAACUUACCAGUAACUGGUUGCAGGAGCUUAGUUUCCCGCGUGAGUUGCAACAGCAGCAACAGUACCAAUACCAAUAAUACCAAUAAUACAGUUUCUCGAGAACUGAGAACGUUAACUAAAUCAGAUGUUGAUAAUGUAACAUAUACUUUUCAACGAGUUACGAAGAGAGCUCGCCUUUGGCUUUUCAUUCGAGUGGUUCUUCAUGCCAGUAGAGUAUUUAUUACUAAUUUACAAAAUUAGACUUUAGUCUUACUUAAAAAGUCCUUGAAAUUAGUAUUUCUCGCAUUUAUGAGGCUUUUAUAUGCUAUUAAAAACAAGGCUCUCUAAACAAAUUUUAACAGUACACAAA